CAAACUCAGCUUAUCGAAGGGUUUGAGACUGUUCUCAGUACAUUGGAGGAUGCAGUUAAUGAUGCCCCCAAGGCACCCGAGUUUCUUGGCCGUAUUUUUGCAGAAAUUAUAACAGAGAGUUUAGUCAGUUUGAAUGAAAUUGGGAAGUUAAUACAUGAUGGUGGAGAGGAGCCAGGUAGUCUCUUAGAAGUUGGACUUGCAGCUGAUAUUCUUGGAAGCACCCUGGAAGUAAUACAGCAUGAGAAAGGGGACAGCGUUCUUAGUGAAAUUCGCGCGAGCUCUAACUUGCGGUUGGAGUCUUUCCGACCACCUAAUUCUAUUACAUCAAAGAAGUUGGAGAAAUUUAUUUAGAUAAUAGUGAUGCUCAAUGUAUGCAUGCUUUUUACAUACAUAUACGGGGGUAAAUUAUUUUGUCUAGUGCUUUGGGGAUUACUCAGUGAGAUGGGUGGGUAGAAUGUGAGAUUUCUUUUGUCUUAAUAUUAUUUCUCCUACAUCUUCACUGCAAUUGUAAAAGGCUCAAUUGAGCAUCAAAAACAAUUUAGGCUGAAGUUACAAUAUCCGAUUGACUGUGGCCUUUUAUUUAUGUCUUUGUAGUUAUAAAAAUGGUUUAAAUUAUAAAUUUGUAUAAA